AUGUACGAAGCUGAAGGGCAAGCUCAUCGAGACGAACAGGACGAACAGGACGAACAGGUCGAACAGGUCGAACAGGUCGAACGCAAUGAACGCAAUGAACGGGACAAGCAACAGGCUCAAGCACUCCUCCUCACCUUCUCAGAGUUGCAACGCACCAUGGACCCGGCUAUAGCUGCACACGUCUACAAUAAUCGCUUCUGCCCCCUUAUUCGACUGCCUAACGAGCUCCUCCUCUGGAUAUGCGAUUUCUUACGCGAUGAUUCUGUCACGAUCUACUGUCUCCGGUUGGCGUCGAGAAAGUUGUUUCAUUUGCUUAAUAAGAAAAGAGACAUUUUCGUAGAGAGACUACAUUUCGGCCCCAUGUAUCCUAUGCCCGAUGAUGAAGCGCGGCGGUUUCGACAGCUACUACAGAGAGACGGCAGAUGCUAUAACUGUACGCGCUGGAAUGAUGCUCAUGUACCUCAAUUUUGCGGCAAUUGCAAAUUCCAGCCGACAAUUCAUCAGGUGCUCAGCCGCAACGCGCGCGACAGUUUCGACGAUUUGCAAAAUACUUGCAUCUGUUACUCGCUCUAUCAGCAGCUACUGGAGCUCCAAACGGACUGGCAGUGUUUAGGCCAGCAGGGAUCGGUGCAGCUAUGCGAGCACGUUGAAAUCACGUGGGCCAGAAUCAAGGCCCAUAUUCAUGGUUGGCGACAGCAGCACGGAGGAGAAGACCUUCAGGCCUGCCUCGACAGUUUCAAUAUUGAGUGCCACGAUGCCAUCCAUGACACACGCUGCACUGCUUCGGGGGCGCCGACCUGGCCCCGGGCGCGUCUCAGCACUAGCACUAAAAGACCAGACCUUGUGGUUCUCAAUCUAGAAUGGACAACUCACAGACGCAUCGAUGCACUCACUCUCACCGCAGAUGGCCAAAUCCCUGCGAUAGAGCUCAGGGCGUUAUUCCAUGGACUUCGAAGUUUGGGGCCAGUUGACAUCCUAUUUCCCUCGUCCUGUGCGAACACUCUACCCGAGAUGGCCUUCUUCAGGCCAACAUCCCCGUUUGGGCCGUUUGUUUAUUACAAAACAGGAGAAGUUGAUGAAAUAGGGCCUGUGCCGACAUCAUUACCACCGCUUUCUCAAGAUGCGCAGCCGCAGUGGCGUCGUCGUCAUGGAUAUGGCGAAAAUGGAAUGGACCUGCACAUUAACUAUCACUAUAUCAAGGAUGCUGAUAAUAGUGCUCUCUCCUCGCAGUGUCUUGUGGUCAGGUAUGAGAAAGACAUUCAGAUCUGCAGGACGGCCGUCAUAGCAGACCCUGAUAUCGAAAUCAACCCCACGCACCAGUGGUUGCAUGCUAUGGACCCCCACACAUACUCUCACCCACAGGCAAGCCAUGUCAGGCCGCAGUGUAGGGAAAUAUCCUGCGUCAAUUACUAUCGGAAACGAAAAGAUUAUUGCUUGGGAGUGACGUUGCACACUAAGAUUCAGCUCAACAGCUCGACCGCUCACCGUCGUGGCGCGACACCUUGCGAAUGGUUCCAAAAGCUAAACUCAUUGUACCAAUCUACACUCCCAUGA